AUGACUAUUCAGUGGAAUCCUCUAAGAGACACGGUCAGUUUGCGUGGCAAAGUUGCCGUUGUCACAGGCGGAAACAGCGACAUUGGUCGCGAAACAGUGAAACUCCUCGCCUGGAAGGGAGCAAAAGUCUACUUCACCACACGAUCCGAGGCGAAAGCAAUCGAGACGCGGAAGCGUAUCCAGGAUGCUCACCCAGAGAUCGACACCGAUAACUUGCAGUGGAUAAUCAUGGACGUCACUGACCUAAGGAGCAUAUGCUUUGUCGCCGAUAAGUUGAAGGAAAAAGAGGCGAAAAUUGACAUAUUAGGUGAGGGUUGA